AUGGAGGCGAUGGAUAUUCAAGCUGUAGAAUCUAAAUUGAGUGAUGUGACAGUAACAGCGAUACCCAUGAGCGGCAAAAACAGUCACAAGGAUAUUACAUUAGGUGGUAACAGUCAUGCAACAAUAUCAACAGUACCUGCUUCAUCACCUUCGUCAGUGGGAAAAGAUAAGGAUAACGGUAUGUCUAAAUAUGCUCAACUUUUAGCUGUCAUUGAAGAGAUGGGUAAAGAAGUCAGACCUAGCUACUCAGGAAGCCGUAGCUCAGCUGAACGACUGAAACGUGGUAUUGUUCACGCUCGCAUACUUGUCAGAGAAUGCCUCAUAGAAACCGAACGGUCUGCACGACAGUAA